GGAUGGCAGUCCCACCAGCAGCCCUGAACCUGAGCACACAGGGGGACGCUGCUCAUGAAUGGGAGUCAGAUUGCAGAAAGAGAAACUGUUUGCUGUCGAGUUCAACUCAGAAGAAAACCUUUAAUUAGAGGAAUCUGAAUCUGUUUUAUGAGCGGGUUUACACAGAGCCUUCCCUUGCAGCACUUUGUGCGACAUGGAAAACAGCUGUGAGACCGGGAGACCCUAGCGAGGAAAGGAGGUAAAAGGGCAACGACGAAGGGAACCAUCUGCGGUUGGUUAACAGAGGGCUCCUUGAUCCUGCAAUGCCAGACGCAGCUAAUGAGGACGCCAUGAGAACGCCAGCGACCCCAGAGAAGGCCAACAACCACGAGCGUCCUGCAGCCACCACGGUGAACAUCCCCCUGGUCAACGAAGUGCAGCUCACGGCGGCCACCGGCGGGGCCGAGCUCUCCUGCUAUCGCUGCACCGUCCCCUUUGGCGUGGUGGUCCUCAUCGCCGGCAUCGUGGUCACGGCCGUGGCUUACAGCUUCAACUCGCACGGAUCCACCAUCUCCUACUUCGGCCUGGUGCUCCUCUCCGCCGGGCUGGUGCUCUUGGCGUCCAGCGUCGUCUGCUGGAAGAUGAAGCUGGAGAGGAAGAAGGAGAGGCGGCGGGAGAGCCAAACCACCCUGGUCGCAAACCAGAGGAGCAUUUUCACUUGAACUAGCAGUUGGACACAUGUCCGGGUUUUUCUGACACUGAAAAGACGUUUAUUUUGGAGAUGGAGUUGGUGAAGCAGCUGCAGACAGAUGUUGUCCAGCCUCUUCGACCGCAGACUCUCAAGGCCCAGAACUUAAAGCUUUUGAAGACAUUUGUAAGGGAUUUAUUUGUCAAACAGACGUUGAACAUCUGGCGAGCUGGGCACGCAGCCAGGAGGAACGUAUCACAAUUAAGAUGAAUUACCACUGUGUAGAGGAAGUCUCCCAUUAAUCUGCCGUUGGAUGUGGCGGCUUUGAUUGUAAAGGGAGGGAUUGUGGUAUGAAAGGCCCGGCAGAGGAGAGGGAAACUGCACAAUCCAGAACAAUGAUUAAUACCUCACUUACUUCAUGUGUUCAUGAAGUGUCAGGGGUUGCCUGUUUUUGGAAGUAUGGUACUCGAUGUGAGGAUUUUCUUUCAAAUCCGCCAAUAUAUUCUGCGAGAUGGCACAUGACAUUAUACCAAGAGAGAAUAUUUAACCUUAAAUACACUUUGAUUUCUGGCUGCAACCAACGAUUUCACUAUCGAUGAAUCUGACGAUUAUUUUCUCGAUUAAUCGUUUGGUCUAUAAAAUGUCAGAAAAUACAAAACAAAUGUCCGUCCCAGUGAAAAGUCUGCUCUUAUCUGUGCAAAACCCAAAAGAUAUUCACUUUUAUAUGAUACAAAACAAAGAAAAGCUCCAUAUUUGAGAGAUUUUCUGCCAUUUUUACUUUAACGAUUAAUCGAUUUAUCAAAAUAGUUGUUGAUUUAUAUCGACUAAAGAUCAUUGCAGCUGUACUUUGAUUAUCAUAAUCAUUAUAUUCAGUAUUAAACAAUAUCUAUUUACCAAUUGAGUAGUUUUGCCUAUUUUGGCAAAGUUGAGACAUCGAAAUGAAUAUUGAGUUGGGCGAUGAUUAAUUAUUGUCCCGUGUACUUCCAUACUGUAAAGAAAGUAUUAAAUGUAGCAUAUGUUUUGUUUUGAUGUAAUCAUUUGCAUGUAUUACCGGGACGUGAUGAGGUUUAAUAAACUCAUUGAUACUCAAACAUGUCAGUUUCACGGUUGCGAGAGAACGAUUUUCACUGGUUAUUAGAACAGAAUGGAUACGGGGUUAUCGGAACAGAUAAUGGAGGAACAGUUCAGCGUUGUGAGAAAUACACGUAUUACGUUUCUUCGCAAGAGUGAGCCGAGAAGAUCGAUACGACUCACGUGCGUGUUGGGCUGGAGUCACGACGAGGUUAGCUACGCUAGUUUUUAUGCUAAGCUAAGCUAACCAAGCUAACCUGACUCCAGCUCUGUACAUGCAUAACACACAGAUUAAUAUCGAUGUUGUUUAUAGAUGAUUAUUUUACUCUGGGAAAGAAAGCGUAUAACAUUAUUUCCCAAUAUGUUGAACUGUUCCUUUUUAAAAAUAUAUAUUUUUAGAAUGAGCGAAAAUCUGGCCGAUGCAUCCAUCUUUUUUUACAGCAUAAAUAUUAUUUUAGGAUUUUUAAAGGAAUAAUUCACCCAUAAAAUGAUCAUUUGUAUAUCAAAUGCUCACCCUGUGUUGACUUCAUGAAACUUUGGUUUUCAUGCCUCUACGGCGAGCAAAGAAUCCAAAAACUGAGAAAAGUCCUGUUGAAUUGUAAAUGAGAGGGGGGGGGGCACGUUUAACAACCGCAAAACUUAUCGUAUGCUUCACUACUUCCCAAACACAUACAUUUCACUAAAACAUUACUAUUUAAAGAGUUUCCACAUAAACGGUACUUGCAAGGACGAGUUGCACGUCGGGGCGAGGACCCGAUAUACAAAGGGACAUUUUUGGGGUGAAAUCUUCCUUUAAGGAUUCCUUGAAUUAGUUUUUUAAAGAAUUGGGACUAAGAUAUGAAAAAUAAACUUGUUAGUGUCCUCAGGUCGAUGAAGGAUGUAAUGACGAUGUUUUCUUAAAUCAACACGAGCACAUCUUCAGCUUUUCCGCACUGAAACGUAUUAUUAUUAUUGUUGGCUGAAUCUGUAAAACGUUUAAUGUUUAUAGAUAAUCUGUCAAUCAGUGACUCGAAGGAAAUGAUUCUUUCUCUCAUGACGUACACGGCUGAGUCUUCAAAUAUACAGUUGAUUACUUAAAAUAAUCAAAUUGAAUGUAGCUUUAAAAUAAAUUAUUUGACAUGUUAUUUCAUUCCAGUUAAAUCAGUUAUGGUAGGUUCAUGAAUAUCAUCACAGCAUGAGUAGUUGAAACUAAAAUACUUAAACAUCACAUGUCAGAACACUUGUAAUAUAAAGUUGUGUUGAUGUGAGUCAUGAAGUGGGGAAGCUUCAUGCUGAUAUCUGUUAGUUACAUGUUUGACCCUGUUCACCUGUAGUGUGUACAACAU